UUUCCUUAUAAAUAACACCUUUUGUCCCACCCCUCAAUCUCAACAUAGUGAGUGAGGUGUAUAGACAGAAAAACAAAACAACAAAGAAAUGGCACGGAAAACAGUGUGUGUAACAGGUGCAUCAGGUUUCAUAGCAUCAUGGCUUGUCAAGCUCUUGCUUGAGCGUGGUUACACUGUUAAGGCAACUGUUCGAGAUCCCAGUGAUGCAAAAAAGACGGAUCAUUUGACGUCCCUUGAUGGAGCUAAGGAGAGACUCCAUUUGUUCAAAGCGAACUUGCUUGAAGAAGGCGCCUUUGAUGCUGUGGUUGAUGGAUGUGAAGGUGUAUUUCAUACAGCGUCUCCUUUUUACCAUGGAAUCAAAGAUCCACAGGCUGAGAUGAUUGAUCCUGCAUUGAAGGGGACACUUAAUGUUCUUGGAUCAGUGGCUAAGACAUCAUCUGUUAGAAGAGUGGUUUUGACAUCAUCUGUAGCAGCAGUUGCUUUCAAUGGCAAGCCAAGAACACCUGAAGUGGUAGUUGAUGAGACAUGGUGGUCAAAUCCCGACUUUUGCAGAGAAUCACAGGUGCUUUACUUGACCUUUCAUUUUCCAUUUGCAUUACAAUUGUUUGCUGACUUUGAUCGCUUUUACUUGUCUACAAAUUUCUUUGCACUUCCCCUGUGAAAUAAUAAAAGGAGU